AUGAUGCCUUUCAGCCUGGGGUACUUCAAGGCCAAGACGAGAGUUACUGUCUUGAUGGCUAUGCUGGCCCUCGCACGGGACAUUGGCUGUGACAACUAUGCUGAGGUACACCCUGAUCUUCUCAGCACUGUCCGCUGCAUUCAUGCAAAGCGAAUGCUGGUGGCGUCGAAGAAGGUGAACGAUCACAACAGCAGGAACUCGAAGAGUGGCCAACUCCUGUCGCAGAAGGCACAGUCCGUCCGAAACAUCAUGCAACAUUUCGACAAGGAGGCACGCGAGGCACUCAUUGCCUACACCAUUGAGAUCGGGCACGAAAACACUGGCUGGUUCAAGUGCAAUGCGGGUCCUGUAUGGCAAGCUCGUGGCAAGGUCACCAAGGAGAGCAAUCGGCUGAUGGUCCAACACCAAGUGCAUUGCCAUCGCAAAAUCCUACCAUCUAUGCGCAGAAAGAUCGACAAAGCACAAAUGGAGGCCUCGGCUGAGGAGGCAGCCUUCGUGAUGUCUGUGAGGGAAGAGGUCCUGGCAUUGAUGCCGGUUUCCCCUGACUUGCUGGAGGAGAAGUGGGUUGGCAUGUUUAGGCAUGGGGAUCCCAGUGUGCUUCUCGAAGUGCAAUCAGCCAUCAUGAACCGGGACUGUACCAAUGCAUGCCGAGUGGCCAAGGCCAAGAUGUCUUCCUAUGAACUCCAGGUGCAUCACACGAAGCUCCAAUACCGAGUCAAAGUGUAUGAGGAGUCAUUAAAGGCGGCUAGGGUUUUCAUCAACGACAAUUGCAAGGUGAUCACCUACACCCAAAGUGAUGACUUGCUCCGGUCAAUUCAGAGCUUCAUGAGUGACAAAACCGAGCGCUUGAAACUCGAUGCAUGCCUGGUUUUCCUCAAUUGGAGUGCUCCUUCGACACUGAAGGCCAACGCACGGGCCGCCCAAUCAUCUGGCGCCUCGUUCAUCUUGUCCCAAUCAGCCCGCAGUGUUGGUUUGCUCCUGGAGCCAGAGUUCACUUACAAGAAAGGGGAGUUGUGGAUGUUGGAGGGCAGCACCAUGAAACAGUUGGCUCACCAUGGAAUCUCGCUGGAUAAGAGUUUCUCUCUUCAGUUCAAAGAGAAGGUGGACCAACGUGACAACAUGCGACCACUGAACUACCGUGGCCGUUUCAUGGAAGGGCUGAGUACCAAAUCCAACAAGGAGUUCACUUGGAAAAACGCCCCUCUGUGGCGUGAGGGUCGCACUGAACUUGCCACCCAACUCCACACCAAGGAUAUGGUAAUGAUUGAAACCCCCCUUGAAGACCAAUCCCGCGGUGUUGCAAUCAGUGCUCCUGAAGGCGAAGAGCACCUGUUUGGUGGUGCCCGAAAAGUGGAGCAAAUUGGCCAGAACGCAUGUGAGAAACUCUUGUUGGGAAUGAUGACUGAUUUGCAGAUGACUGGGAGAUCAGGGGUGUUCAUCGUUGACUUGAACAUGUCAGUAGGAAACAUGUUCGAUGCUUUUGCGAAUCUGAAGUCUACAUGGAACAUGCCCGUCUUCUACAUUGGGUGCACUGAUGACUUUCAGACCGCGGAGUGGUUUGGCAUGCAGAAACCGGAAUUGCUUGGACGCCUUCACAUGGAGGGAAACAUAACCAUUCCUGGAUUCCCAAAGCCAGUGCUGGAAUGUCCCUCUGACAUUCUGGAGAAGGAACCAGAGCCUCCGCGCCUCAAUUUGAUGAUUCCACGAUCGGACUUCUACCCAAUGAUUCCACAGAACCUGCUGCAGGAGUAUGGCUCACACGAGCAGUUCGGGGACGAGUUCAAGAGUUUCUUGGACCAGCUGGUGGAGGAGUUCGGACCCAUCCCCCAAGAUUCUGACAAGGAGACUGGGAAGGAGGACAAGGAGAAUGGAAAGGACAAGGAGAAAGACGGGCAGAACAACAAGGAUGGUGAAAACCGAACUGUGCGCAAACGUAAAAAUGCUCAGAAUGGAAAUGAUGCUACGAAGAAACUCAAGGUAGAUACCAACAAGAUCAAAACCAUCGAGUCAGUAGGUGCAGGUGGUGCACUGUUGGAAAUGCCUUUGAUCAAUGCCAAAAUCGAAGGUGUCCAACUUCAUCUGAAGCCCCAGAAUCGUCCCUAUUUGUUCAACACCGGAAAUCAGGAAGCCUCACUCAAGGCAGGACUGAUCCUUUGCGGAUAUGGAAAGGGCAAAUGGAGGCUCGCUGAUGCGCAAUCACAGGAGGCCAAUCCCCGGACAGAAGUGCUCUUCAACUUGACCGGCCCUGAUGAUUUCGUACUCUUCAACGGGCACCUGAAGACCGUGUUCGAGGUUGUUCAAGCCCAGAUGCAGAAGGUCCCCAAAGUCAAAGUUGCAUACCAUGUCAUGGCUGAGGACCCAGAUCAAAAGCGCCCGGGAAAUUUCAAUUUGAAGAGAUCCCAUGAUGUGUGGUGGGUACCCGUGAGUGGUGGUGUUGGGGUUGCCCAAGAAGAAGGUGGUGACGACGAAGGCAAUGGGUCUAGCAAUGGAACCGCUGGGCAGCAGAAUGCAGCCAAGUUGAUCCCAAACACGGUGUGGAACAGUCAUGCCACUAAGAUUGUAUUCUCAGUGAAAUGGGGUGUUUCUGGAUUGAUGCCCAUUCGGCCCCAAGUGGUGCUCAUCCGAGAAGUGAACUUGCCCCCAGCUCGGUGCUGUGAGUUGUUUUAG